CAGAAACUUCAACGACGUUGACGCUCCAUCAGAUUUUCCAGGCGCUUUAGCACAUUCACACAGAGAGGGAGAGAGACAGGGAGAGAGACAGAGAGAGAGGGAGAAACGGUUGGUGUUUGAAGCUUGGAACCGACUCUCUCUCUCGCACAUUGUUUUCGGUUUUGUUUUUUUUGAGAUCGUGGAGGGUGAGAUUUCGCCGAUUUUCACUGUUCCAUCAAACUCCGUUCCGUUUUUCUUUUCCUUCCUUUUUCUCACAGUUUCUUUCAUUUUCCAAUUUUAACCGCUUUAUUCCAGCGUAGAAGCUUCAUCGUCUCUGAUUUUCCCUCAAAUUUGCGCUUCGAAGCUACGUCUUUGGAUACUUAUAUUUGGUUUCCUCGUUCUUAGCAAGUCUGCUUAGCUCGGUGAAAUUGUAUACCUUAUAGAAAAAGCUUUUGAAGAUCUACUGACCACUUCUGAUUUUCAAUUCUUGCGAAGUUCGAAGCGUAUGUUGGAGAUUCGAGAGGACAGCAGGAGCACGGAGUUCGAGGAAGAGAGAGUAGCAGAGGGUUCAGAGAGGAGGCGGAAACGGCGACGUCUGUGGGGGCUCAGCGAAUAAUAUCUGGGAGCUGCAUUUCCGAACGAAUUGGAUUUUGGAGCUGUUCUCUUCGCUAACGGUUUCCUGAAAAGGACAAACAAGCCAGAGAUAUAAAACCGUCUUGCAUUUUUGAGAAGCAAAAGCAACUGAGAGUACUUAACCGCUAGCUCUCGUUUUUCCUCUUUGGGAGUUUUGGAAUUAUGGGUUUAUAUUGAUUGAAUUGGUUGUUGGAUUUUGAAGAGCUGCUGGUAGAAACUGGAGAGUGAGAAAAUGGGAGCUAUAGGUGGGGAAGAGCUAAUGAAGUGGGAGAAGAUGCAGGCAAUGAGUGGUCGUGAGGAGAAGAUUCUUGUGCUGGUGAGGUUGAGGCCUUUGAGCGAGAAGGAGACUGCAUCUAAUGAAGUAGCAGACUGGGAAUGCAUCAAUGACACCACAAUUUUAUACCGGAACACCUUGCGUGAGGGAUCCACAUUUCCAAGUACCUAUACAUUUGACAGAGUAUAUCGAGGUGACUGUUCUACAAGGCAGGUGUAUGAGGAAGGAGCCAAAGCAAUUGCUCUUUCAGUUGUCAGUGGUAUUAACUCAAGUAUUUUUGCAUAUGGGCAAACAAGCAGUGGAAAGACAUACACCAUGGUUGGAAUAACUGAGCAUACAGUGGCAGAUAUAUUUGAUUAUAUACAUAGGCAUGAAGAAAGAGCUUUUGUUUUGAAGUUCUCAGCCAUUGAGAUAUACAAUGAAGCUGUCAGAGACCUCCUUAGUGAAGAUAAUACUCCUCUUAGGCUGCUAGAUGAUCCUGAGCGAGGGACUAUCGUGGAGAAAGUCACAGAAGAAACUUUGAGGGACUGGAGCCAUUUAAAGGAGCUCCUUUCCAUCUGCGAAGCUCAAAGACAGAUAGGGGAGACCUUGCUGAAUGAGAGAAGUUCCAGAUCUCACCAAAUUAUCAAAUUGACGAUUGAAAGUUCUGCUCGUGAGUUCUUAGGCAAAGGCAAUUCAACCACCCUUGCAGCAAGUGUGAAUUUUAUAGAUUUGGCAGGAAGCGAGCGUGCAUCUCAAGCAUUAUCAGCUGGGGCAAGAUUGAAAGAAGGUUGCCACAUAAACCGUAGUUUACUUACUCUGGGAACCGUUAUUCGCAAGCUAAGUAAGGGAAGACAGGGACACAUCAAUUACAGAGAUUCUAAGCUGACACGCAUACUGCAGCCUUGCUUGGGUGGCAAUGCUAGAACUGCCAUCAUUUGCACUUUGAGUCCUGCACGAAGCCAUGUUGAGCAAACAAGAAACACUCUUUUGUUUGCUUGUUGUGCAAAAGAAGUGACAACAAAAGCACAGGUCAAUGUUGUCAUGUCUGAUAAGGCCUUGGUUAAGCAUUUGCAGAAAGAGCUGGCUAGAUUGGAGAGUGAGUUGAGAAGUCCCGCCCCUGCUUCAUCAACUUCUGAUUAUGCUUCCCUGCUGAGAAAGAAAGAUCUCCGGAUUGAAAAGAUGGAGAAGGAGAUUAGAGAGCUAACUAAGCAACGAGAUCUUGCUGAAUCUCGGGUUCAGGAUUUGCUACGCAUGGUCGGAGAUGAACAGAAUUCAAGACAAGCCAGUAUUAGUGAUCAUCAUAAAUCACAAGCGGGAGACCUGUCCGAUGAUGAUUGUUCAGUGUCAGAUUCAUCGAGUGUGGCUGGUUCUUAUUAUCCGAAUGGAGGUGCCAGAAAGUUCAACAAUCCUCAUUAUUAUGAUGGAGACAGCAGGAGCAAUCCUGUGGACCCCUCCUACCAGCUUCGAGAUAACACUGAAGACCAUUCUCUUUCCGAUGAUACCUCUUCACCACUGUCAAUUGGAAAGAAAUUUAUUAGAUCUGAUUUUAUCCAGAGUCAAGAGAAGACUGCAGUUGGAACUGCAGAAGAUCCUGAUGACUACUGCAAGGAAGUUAGAUGUAUCGAGAUGGAAGAGUCAAGCAAGAACAAGAACUCUGAAUCCCAUGCCUUAAGAACUGGUGAAAAUGAAGAAACACUGGCUUUGAGUGUGUCUGGGGAUGUAAGUGGCCAGGAACUGAUGUCGACUCCUGUGAAUGGAAAUAGAGAAGUAAGUCAAAUCCAAAAUGGUCUUGCAUAUGUUGCGUUGGAGCAGAAACUCCACAAUAUAAAAAUGACUAUUGAUUCUAUUUUCAGUUCUUACCCUGAUAAACCAUCUCCGCAGGCCAUUGCAGCUGGUAUGACAAGUGCUAGAGGCCUCAAGUUAACUAGGAGCUGGAGUUGUAGGGCAAAUCUCAUGACUGGUUCUUCUUUUCCUGAGACAGGAGAACAAAUUGAGAGUACCCCGCCUAAUGGAUUGGAGAAAGGUUUCCCUGGAAGACCAGAAGAAGGUCUCAGAAGGAAGUUCCCUUUAUUGACUUAUGGUUCCAACAGUACGAUCUUGUCAAGAAAUGAUUCUCAAUCUUCUUCUGAAAGUGCUUCCAUAGAUGAGCUAAGAUCACAGAGCAUCAGAACUUCUGCGGAGGAAAUUACUGGCAUCCACACUUUUGUUGCAGGACUAAAGGAAAUGGCCAAACUUGAUUACGAGAAGCAACUUGUUGAUGGUCAGGAAACAGGACAAACAGUUGAUAAGUUUGGAAAGGCUGUGAAAGAUGUAGGAGUUGAUCCAAUGUUUCCAGCACUGGAAGCUCCUUCAGAUUGGCCUCUGGAAUUUGAGAGGCAGCAGAAAAUGAUUCUUGAACUAUGGAAAACUUGCAAUGUGUCAUUAGUCCACAGAACCUACUUCUUCCUGCUCUUCAAGGGUGAUCCAACGGAUUCCAUUUACCUGGGGGUGGAGCUAAGGAGACUGUCUUUCCUCAAGAAAACAUUUUCUAAUGGAAGUCAGGCUGUGGAAGAUGGUCGGACUCUCACACAGGCUUCAAGCAUGAAGGCUCUUCGUCGUGAGAGAGAGAUGCUGAGCAAGCUGAUGCAGAAAAGGUUUUCAGAAGAAGAGAGAAAGAGACUUUACCAGAGGUGGGGUAUUGCGUUGGACUCAAAGCGCCGGAGGCUACAGCUGGCCAACCAACUAUGGAGCAACACCAACAAUAUGAAUCUCAUCAUAGAGAGUGCUGCCAUUAUUGCAAAGCUUAUCAGGUUUGUAGAGCAGGGGCGAGCCCUCAAAGAGAUGUUUGGGCUUAGCUUCACACCUACACUUGCAAAGCGGCGAUCCUUUAACUGGAAAAACAGCAAGGCAUCCCUUCUGUAAGCUUGUUUUAUGCCCCCCCCCACAUACAUGUACAAUUGUAGAGGUGAUUUGUUGAAUUGGACUGCCCAUAUAGCAUUCUUUUCACGAUCGAGAUUGAGGCAGAUUGUCUAUGAUUGUAAUAGCAACUCUAAAAAUCUGGCUUUCUGGUUUUGGUGUAUCUUUCAUGAAUAUAAUAUGUGCUUGUCAA